AAUUGAUACCCUUUUGAGACGUACCUUCAAUACAUACGAAUGGAGUCUACUGCGUCUAACGACUACGCGCCCCCGCGCGAGCUGGAAGUCAAUUCUAGCGACGCCAUUCGCUUGAUCCUGCAGUUCUUGCGGGAGAAUCGCUUGUUUGGCGCCAUGCGUGCGUUGCAGGAAGAAUCACAAGUGAGUCUCAACGCCGUGGAGUCGGUGGAUGCGUUGGCCAGCGACAUCUCGCACGGCCGUUGGGACCGCGUUCUGCAGCAAACUAAGGCACUUGAAUGCAGCACGACGGCAAUGAUGGACCUGUAUGAGCUGGUGGCGCUCGACAUGAUGGAGGCGCAAGAGAGCGACGUGGCCGUGCAACUGCUACGCACUACUCCAGUCAUGGCCACGAUGAAACAGACACAGCCAGAGCGCUAUCUACGGCUCGAAAAACUGGCUCAGCGUGUUAUCUUCGACCCGGCCGAGGUAUAUGCUGGUAGCAGUAAGCAGAAACGGCGUGACGACGUUGCACAGCUUUUCCGCCAUGAGGUGGCUAGUGUGGAGCCGUCCCGACUGCUGGUUCUGCUGGGCCAAGCUCUCAAAUGGCAGCAGAUGCAGGGUCUGGUGGCACCUGGAGAAGAUUUUGAUCUGUUUCGAGGAGGAGCAAAGGAGAAGGUGGUGGACCGAUCCGAAAAACUGGUGCGAAAACCCGCGGGUAAGAUCAAGUUUAGCAAGACCUCCAUGCCUCAAUGCGCGCAGUUUAGUCGUGACGGACGGAUGCUUGUGACGGGUGCGAAGGACGGAUUUGUGGAGGUCUGGGACUUUGAAAAGUGCAAGUUGCGAAAGGAUCUGGACUAUCAGGCAAAGGAUGAAUUUAUGAUGCACGACGCAAGUGUGACGGCCGAAGCUUUCAGUCGGGAUGGAGAGUUAUUGGCAACAGGUAGUGAAGACGGCAAGGUCAAGGUGUGGAAGGUUUCAACGGGGAUGUGUCUACGUCGCUUUGACAAUGCUCACAGUCAGGGCAUUCAAAGCAUCGCGUUCUCGCGAGAUGGCACUCAGCUGCUGACGGCAUCAUUUGAUCAUCUUGUUCGCAUUCACGGUCUCAAGUCAGGCCAGACAUUGAAGGAGUUUCGUGGCCACCAGAGCUACGUCAACACGGCUUUCUUCUCAUCAAACGGCAGCAAGGUUAUAUCGACGUCCAGUGAUGGCACGCUGAAGAUCUGGAAUGCCAAGACGACAGAGUGUCUGCAGACUGUACGACCACCCAGCGAGUCCUAUACUGCAGAAGUGGAUAUCGUGAGUGCGUUGCUGACACCUAUCGCGUCUGGAACGGAUGAAGACAUCAUUAUUUGCACACGCACCAGUGAAAUGCUUCGCGUGUCAAUGGGGGGAGAAGUUUUGCUGACUUACAAAGGAGAUCCAUUCAACGACAAGAAGGUUGGAAACUUUGUUGCCUGCACGCUCUCAAUGCGUGGCAAGUGGCUGUACGGCGUGACCGACAAGGGCUUUAUCGUAAGCUUUGCCGCAGCCACUGGAGAACUCGAGACGUCGAUGCAAAUCUGUAACGCAGACGCAUUCGGCAUCGCCCACCAUCCGCACCGCAAUAUUGUAGCCACUUACGGCAGUGACCGGUACGUUCGACUGUGGAAAGCGUGAUACUGCGGAUAGAGUAUCAACAGAAUAGAUUUUGGCAGUUGUGGAGAUGCAUCGUGUAUGGU